UCGGGGGGGUGGGGUGGGGGGAGGGUGGGGGUAGACAAGGUGAAGACAACAGAACAGCGGACAGAGUUUUGUUGGGGGAGGCAGUUUGUGUGGCGAUCCAGACGAGGACAGUCGAAGCGCGCCGGGUCCUGCUCCGUCGCGCGUCCUGGACACGAUCCUUGAGCCGCGUCCUGCCCUUUGAUUACCGGUGCUGGUGAAACCAGAGGGGGUCAUUCCCUACAGAGGGAACACUGAAGGAACACCAUGGCCUUAGCGGGAUGUCCUGACUACUUCUUACGUCACUCGAACUACCAGGAAAGCAUGGACCGCACUUCCUCUCGCAGGCCUGAUGAGCUGAUUGUCCCAGGGUUUCAGCGCCCCGCUGGUCAAAAUUUGCCACAUCACCAUGAUGACGAUGUGGACCUGGAGCAGCUGGUGAAUGACAUGAACUCCUCAAUGGAGAGUGUGUACUCUACGCAGGCAGACACGGCGCUGCUCCUGAACAACGGCCAUGUGCACGCUCCACACCACCACCACCAGCACCACCACAUGCACCCUGCCUACCCGGGACACAGUCAGGCCCACCGUCGUCACACCCCGCCCUUGCCCUCUUCCUCCCCCUCCAGGGAGAGGCUGCGGCAGUCUCAGCCCAUGCACAUCCAAGCCGUCAGGUGCCUGCAGGAAGAGCAGCAUCUGCGUCCAGCCUCCCUUCCGGCCAUCCCCAACCCUUUCCCUGAGCUCUGCAGCCCUGCAGGCUCUCCCGUUCUCAGCCCCAUACAGGCCUCUGAUAACCAUAUAGUAAAGGUGUGGAGCGAGGAUGGAGCCGGUAAAGUGGUGGAGAUCCCAGCAGAUAUGACGGCCAGAGACGUCUGUCAGCUCCUGGUCUACAAGAGCCACUGUGUGGACGACAACGCCUGGACACUGGUGGAGCACCACCCCAUCCUGGGCCUUGAGAGAUGUCUGGAGGACCACGAGCUGGUGGUUCAAGUUCAAGCCUCCAUGAGCAGCGACAGUAAAUUCCUCUUCAGAAAGAACUAUGCCAAAUAUGAAUUCUUCAGGAACCCCCUGAACUUUUUUCCGGAGCAGAUGGUGGCUUGGUGUCAGGAGUCUGAUGGCUCAAUCCCUCAGUCACAGCUCUUGCAGAACUUUCUGAACUCCAGCAGCUGUCCAGAGAUCCAGGGCUAUCUGUGCUUGAAAGAGCCUGGACGCAGGUCCUGGAAGAAACUCUAUAUGUUCCUGCGCCGCUCUGGGCUCUACUACUCAACUAAAGGAACAUCCAAGGAGCCCAGACACCUGCAACUGCUGUCAGAUCUGGAGGACAGUAACAUCUUCACGAUCAUCACAGGCAGAAAACACAACGCUCCCACAGACUACCAGUUCUGCAUCAAGCCCAGUAAAGCGAGGAGUGACUGUAAGGAGCUAAAGAUGCUGUGUGCUGAGGACGAACAGAGCAGGACCUGCUGGAUGACAGCCUUCAGACUGCUCAAAUAUGGGAUAGUACUGUAUCAGAGCUACAACGUUCCCCAGCAGAGGAAGUCUAACCUCUCGCCUUUCUCUGCGCCUGUGCGAAGUGUAUCUGAGAAUUCCCUGGUUGCCAUGGACUUCUCUGGAAGGACAGGUCGCGUCAUCGACAACCCUGUUGAGGCCCAGAGCGCCGCCCUGGAGGAGGGACAGACCUGGAGGAAACGGAGCCAGCGUAUGAAUGUCCUCGGCAGUCCCAGCCCGCUGCACCCAUCCUCUCUGAGCACAGUGAUCCACAGGACACAGGUAUGGUUUCACGGUCGAAUCAUGCGAGAGGAAGCCCACAAAAUGAUCAUACAACAAGGCCAAGUAGAUGGGUUAUUCCUGUUGCGGGACAGUCAGAGUAAUCCCAAGGCAUUCGUGCUUACCUUGUGCCACCACCAGAAGAUCAAGCACUUCCAGAUCCUACCGUGUGAGGAGGACGGUCAGGUGUUCUUCAGCCUCGACGAUGGUGCCACCAAGUUCACCGACCUGAUUCACCUGGUGGAGUUUUACCAGCUCAACAGAGGAGUGCUGCCCUGCAAGCUUAAACACCCCUGCACCGCCGUGGCCUUGUGACACUCCACGCCCCAAACACCUCCACCCCUUUUUUGCACACCUCUCACCCUGAGAUCCCUAUCCCCCUUCUGCCCCUCCCUCGCCAACGCAAUGAGGUUGAGGAGCUAAAGAAAAGUUUAAGUCAAGUUUCGGAGAUGUGAACAACUGAGCAGGAGCCGGCGUGGGAGGUUUAAUGUCUCUGAUGCAUUUCUCUGCCUCACCGCUGUUCGGAUGUUUGAAUGGCAGCCGUUCACCAGACAGUUCAAGCGUUGCAGAUUGUGGACCCAGCAGUCGCCUAGCUCCUGCGAUGUUGUCAUGGAGACUCGGUUGUUUUGUCAUUGCCGUUUUGACCCUGUAGGGAGACCAUAUGUUGUGAAAACACAAGACAGCUAAGGUCUCCUCCCUCAGAGUCCCCUCACCCUUCAGCCCCCAACCUCCCUCAUCUUCCAGGCCUGAUAAGCUGUGGUGCCUGCCCCGCCCUCGCCCCAUUCGCUGCCGAGGUAGGCGGGGAGCACCACCCUCUGACUUCCUCAUCGAUCAUCAGGGAUGGACGGGAACCUCUCUGGGUCUUAUCAAACUCGAUCCAGGAUUUCUCAACCUGUGCAGUCCAGUCUGGAUAAGCUGACACCCUGCCCCCGGCCCCCACCCCACUACCAACACCACCCGAACAGACUUGAUGCGGCCUCUUUGCUGUGUCCUGUCCCACAGUGCCCUUGUGCGACCCUGAUCCCGCCUCUCCUCCUCCAUAGAAGUUCAGAGAAAGUUGGGAGAGAAAAGAGAAGUAGCUGAAGGCAAGAUAAGCAGAGCAGUGGCGAGGGUUUGCUGAAAGGACAGAGGAAUGUUUAUGAGGAAGGCCGUAACAAGCCUCUCUUGUAAAGUUGAUUACUUGAUGUCAUUUUAAUGCUGUUUUAUUACUGUUGAUUCAAUGCAGAACUAGUUUUGCACUCCCGGGUGGACAGACGACAGCUGUUCUCUCUAGCUAAAUGAAGCUGCCUGCUCUCCGUUUGUCCUUCUUCUCCUCCUCCUCCAACCCCUCCCCAUCUGAAAAGCAUGCAUGUGAAUUUCCAGCAGUUCUGAUUGGAUUACAGUGGCGUGGGAGCAAAGAGAGUCACGGCUGAUUAUGCAGUGCCUUUCAAACAGGUAUGGGAACAACAACCUCUGUGUGGCUUGAAGCAACAUGACCAUGCUUUGGUAAAAAAGAAUGUGCUCAUGAAGCGCAUGCAGCGUGUCAAGACCAUGAGGAAGAGGAGGAAGACUGUUAAAUAGACUGAAAAGUGUAUCCACCCCCAAGCUUGUACCAUGUCAGUCUUUUUUUUUCUAUUGAAAGGGUUAAAUCCGUUGGUGAAUUGUCUUUGAAUGUCAUUUUCUUUUCCUAAGUUUGUUCUGAGCUCACUGCUUGCACAUUUUAAUUCUAUUGAUUUGAUAUUGAUGGGUUGGAGCUGUCAUUUUCGGAUUCUGACCACUGUUCCCUCACUCCAGAAAAGACAAAUCAACAAAAGCACUCCCAUUAUGUUUUCCCCCUUUGUUUUAAUAUGGAAUUGAACAAAUGACUUGAAAUGUGAACUCAGUUGUUGACUGUGUGUCAACACACAUUAGAAUGAGAUUCACUCGCCUUAAGUGAAAAUUGUGAGCCUUGUGUAUGAAAUCUAAGCUAUAUUAAAAUGCACAUACAGUAAAACAUUUCAUAUUUUACGAGGAUGGAAUCAGGAGUGUUAAAGACUAUGUCAAAUAGAUAGUUUAACACUUGAAAUACUCUUAUUCACUAUCUUGUCGAUAAUUAGACGGGAAGAUUGAUGCCACUCUCGUGUCUGUAUGCUUAAUAUGAGGCUACAGCCAGCAGCUGGUUAGUUUAGCUGAGCAUAUAGACUGGAAAUGGGGAAUUGGCCAGCAAACAAACAAAAUCCACCUACCAGCACCACUGAAGCUCAGAAAUGAACACAUUAUAUGUUGUUGAAAACGACUGUUUGUGGUUUUACCAGGGGUCAUGUGCUGGACUAUUUCUUUCUAAGCUAAGCAGCUGCUGGCUGUACACUAGCUUCAUAUUUAUGGUACAGACCACAAUGGAAAUGAGUAUUGGACUUCAUUGUGUUAUCCUUGAUGUUUUUUUUAGAUAUAUGUGACCUGUGUCAGAUAAACUAAAGACAUGCAAUCAAUCUUAUCUAUUUCUUGGCAAGGCAGACAAUAAGUAUGUACAAGUAUUUCUCAAAAUGUCAAACUAUUUCCUAAAAGUAAAAAUCCACUUGAACACGCAUCAGAAAACAGGUACUGGUGAUGCAGCCUCGCAUUUCUAGGCCUGUUUUCUUGUUGGGUGCUGUUUUUAUCUUAUUUCUGCAGAUAACUGGCUAUAAUGUAACAGCAUAUCCAGAUAUUUCCAGAAGAUGUAUUUGAGUUUGCUAGCAUCAGUGGUGAACAUCAGGUUGUGAUGUCAGUCCCUCACAAUCAACAGCCAUUUUGCAACAAUCGUACUUUCAUGAUGAAAGAGGUAGAGGAAGCCAUUUCCACACCAGAAGUAGCCUCACUAGACCAGAAUGCCUUGCAGCCAUCAGGUGUGUUGACAGUAAGGAGCUGAAGCACUGUUCAUUGAUUCAUCAACAGAAAAUUAAUUGGCGACUAUUUGGAUAGUCAGUCGUUUUCUUAAGCAAAAAUGCGAUGGCUCCAGCGUUACGGUCUUACAUUAUAGUAAACUGGGUUUGAGUUUUGGACUGUUGGUUGGACAAAAAAAGCAAUUUGAAGAUGCUACCUUGUAUAUAAAGAACAUUUUUCACAAUUUUCUGUCAUUUUAUAGACCAAGUGAUUCAUUGAUUAUUCAAGAAAAUCAACAAAUGUAUCUUAAUCUGGCUAGCUAGCUCAGUUUGUGGUGUGGCUAUAGGCCAAUAUUUCAGUGUUGUUGGAAAGCAUUCUGGGAGAUGAGAUAAAAUAAGACAAGGCAGGUAUGUUGGGCAAAGUUUGUCCACCUAAAAGUAGAGUGACAGUAAACAAAUCUGAUCUAAAGCCAUUAUGUGUAGAAUUUUAAAAUAUCCAACUUUGGCGCCCCCUAAUGGUAACAUUGAGAAACAACUAUCUCACCUGCAAUAAUAACAUAAAAAUGUCAAACAUAGUGGCUUUAACAGAUCAUUUGGGUGGAUUCUUUCUUUCUAAAUUUGUCCCUGUAAGUGAGGUCUGUAUUUGUAGGAAUACACCAGGAAAAGGAGGUUAAAGAAGACAUUUUUAAAGUCCUUUUGUCUUUUCCUGCCUUCUCCUACUGUCGUGUAACCAGCAAAUGAAAAGCUGCAAGUGACGUAACACCUGCUUAGCUUCGCCCCACACCCCUCCUGCCUACACCUGCACCCCCCCCCCCGUGCCAGAUUGACAGUGAAUGGGGUUAGCACGAGGCCAUCAGACUCCCUGCUAGGCUAACUGAACUCCCUCCAAGUACUGUCAUUGACCUGCAAGCCACUGCCGCCACCAUUCGACCAAUCACGUGACUUGUCUGACUCACCAGCUCUGUGCUCCACCAAUCAGGCCUUUCUCGUCAGCCUGGGCAGACUCUCUCCAGGGAUUGGAUAAUGCUUGAACCCCUCGCCCCCCUUUCCCACCUGUGUCCAGCCUGUAAGCUAUGACCCUAUGAUGAAUAUGCGUGUGUGUGUGUGUGUGUGUGUGUGUGUGUGUGUGUGUGUGUGUGUGUGUGUGUGUGUGUGUGUGUGUGUGUGUGUGUGUGUGUGUGUGUGUGUGUGUGUGUGUGUGUGUGUGUGUGUGUGUGUGUGUGUGUGUGUGUGUGUGGAUGGCCAGACUGUUAUAUUCACUAUUCAGGAUUGCUAAGACCGCUGGUUAUCAUAACUUGCCUUUUAGAGACAGUGAGAGAAGGUUGCUUGUCGGUUGGGUAAAAGUCAAGCUAAGCUGUGGAUUUAGAGGAGACAGGAGUUUGGCUGGAGGUAUCCCAGCAUUCCCAGUCCUCAGUUGAGGUUCUUUCCUGUCUGUCAGAGAGGGACGCGAAGCCACAGCAUUAUGGGUCAGCGGGGGCAAACCACCGUCCUCUCCCACUCCCUCCAUUUUUAAUCACUGUGCUACAAUGCAAUCCUAUACACAAGCCCAAGUAUAUGAAUAUACCAGUAUACAGUAUCAUUUGUUUUCUAAGUAUGUGAAGCUAUGGAGAAGAUGUAGAUCUAACACUGUACCUAGGUCACAGAUCACUAUGUAUGGGGCGUUAUGCUUUUGCUCAUAACUCCGUGUAAAAUGAAGAAUGAUUUAUUUUGUCCUUUUUUUUUUCUCUCCAUUAUUUGAUUGUGUGUAUAUUGACAUUAUUGUGUAUUUUCUUUGGUUUGCCACAAAAUGACCUUUUUAUAUAUAUAAAAAAAAUAUACCACAGUAUAUACAGUAUUAAAUUAAGCUGUUUUUUUUAUUUUGAAGAGAUCAAACUGGAUUUUUGGCGUGUGUCAAAUUCCUGAACAUCAGUUGCGUGUAUAAGCUGACAGGCUGACGGAGGCUUCAACUCUGCCAGCGUUCAAUUCUGAUGUCAUUUUCUUUUAAAAUCAUGUCUUUUGAAUAUCCCCUCUCUGUCUGUCUGUCUUGUCUGUCAUGUCUGAUUCCACUCAUCUAACUUUCAGUUUCAAGGCGGUUAAUGUUUGGAUAUUAAUAAUACACACACACACCAUUGAGAGCACACACACAUACACACACCAACGCUUCACCCUUGGGGAUAUUCUUUGCAGCUUUCGUACACCUUUCAUCGCAAGUAGUGCAAUUAUACGCUGUAGCUCAAGAGGGUUGCGCAUUUCAUUAUGUCCAUUUACUCUGAUUUUAAGGUGCAUAACAACGUUUGUUAAUUCUUUUUCUUAACUAAACCUAUUCUUGCAGCAGGUGCCUCUUUUUUGUGAACAGUAUCAAGUCAUUUGUCAGCAUCCGUCCACUCACUGCGUUCAUUUACAGUUAGCUGUAACUGUGAAACAUAAUUCUACUGGAAUUAAAUCCUAAUAUCAGGUCAACGUCACAUACAAGUCUCAUUGACAGUGGUGACUCAGUGUAGGUGCAAGUGAAACCGACUCAGUGUUGUUGGGCUGAAGUCAUCAUAAGCUGAAGUCAAAUAAAAAUUUCAGGGAAAGUAAAAAAAAAAAAAAAAAAAAAAAAGAGCAAAUGAACCGUAAUAAUUUUUUUUUCAGAUAACCCCACUGUGCUUUGCUUCAUUCUGUCUGUACGGCUCCUGGAUCUACAUUGUAUCCUGUUCAGGUAUUUUUGUACAAAUAAGGGACUGAUAUAUUCUCUGUUUAUUGGAAAUUAGAAUAAAAGACAACAUUGCUAUAAACCAAAAA